AUGCUCUUGCUCUUAUUUGUUAUCUCAUCACUUGCAGACUCUCAAAAGUCUAUUUGUAUCAACGAUUUUAUUGUUUUUAACUACGAAGAUCAGGCUAUUACAAUUGACAACAGAUUUGAUUGUUACAAAGACAUCCCAGAUCAGAAGAUGGUCAGAGGAAUUAAUUUGAAAGCACUUUGUUAUGUCAACGAAAAAUACAUGUAUAUGUCUAAAGGUGGGGAAAAGGUUAGCCGGUGUGGUGAAUUUUUACAACUAGUUGGUCCUUACCAGAAACAAGUUAUUUGUAUGAUAGCAGGAUCCAUGAACAUUACCAAAGCUGGUAUCACCGAAGACUUGGAAGGAAAACUACUUGCCGUGAAUGCUCAGAUAUACAAUCAACUCUCUCCCAAAACAAAGGCAACUAACAACUUUGUUACUCAACUUACUUUUUCACCGACAGAUUUAGACCAAGGAAUGAACCCAUCACUUAUCGUUAUCGAAAGGAAGGAAAAAAGUACAAUAAUUCAAAUUAUCAAUUGUAACCAAGUUCUUAACCAAAUUAGAGUGUAUUCACCAGAAGUAGAUGAAAUGUUUUACUUAAAAGAAGAUGGCAAAUUCGAAAUAACAAAUUUCAAAGGAAAGUACUCACUCAGACUCAUAUCAUUCGAUAAAAACAAGUUGGUAUUAAACAACAUCAACUUAAACGACGCAGAUACGUUUGAGUUUAAUUUCAGAUUCCCUGCAAUUAGAGCCAAAAAUUGUUAUUAUGUUGUAGACACUAAUGUGUUUUUACCAUCACAAUCAAAUGAUAUUGCUUAUUUCUUAAAGUGGCACAUCCUUCAACCCGACUACAAUAGUAAUUUAGUAGAAAAAACAAGAACACCAAAAGGAAUUCAAUUUCAACAAACUGAUGUUGUUAAUGGAAAAGGAUAUGUAUCAAUAGCUUUCUUGUAUGUCACUGAAAUGAUGUUUGACCAAGAUUUCACAAAAAUGACUAUUGAAUUAGAAGUGGAUGACACAACACAACUCGAAUUUAUUAAUGCUAAUAUGGUUUUUAAAACAGACUUUUUUUCCCUUUCAAAUGAUUCAUUCACUUCUGUUGAUGAUAAUUUGAAAAGUAAAUAUUUCAUAAAAGGCAAGGCAGUGACCGUUCAAAUCUUUUUUAAACCAGAAAGAAGAUCAUUUUCUAAUGGUUGUUCCAUCAAAUUAUUUGUAAAGGAUGGCACUUCCGUGACGCUGAAAAAAGCCGUAUUAUCCCGUUCAAGUUUGUCUGACAAUCAGUAUUUAUGUGACCACAAAUCAUGGGACUGUUACAACACCGAAUGUCAAAUUACAAAUGAAUCAUAUGUUCAAGGCACAAACGUAUGGAGUGAUAAUUGCCGACCUGCUUGUGGUACAUGCAGAGUUGGUUUUGUAUGUACAACUGGAGGGAUGUGUAUUCAUGAAGUUAACAAUAAUCUGAGAAGUGGAACAGUAAACUUGUUCAUAACAAUCUUUGUUUUCUUUAUACUCCUCGGCUUGUAA